UCCGGUCGGCUGUCGUCUGAGUUGGGGAGGUCCACGCCCCUCAUGGGCGGUGGCAGCGCGGGAGGGGGCCGGCCCCACUCCGCCCCACCCAGGAACGACCGGCUGUGGAGGUCCGGCGCUGCCUGUUCGUGCCGGCUGUGCCUACAUGUCUGCAUGGGAGAACAGAAUUCACUGCUGACUGUCGUUAUGAUCAGAAGGGGAUUGCUGGACUUUGUUCUUCCAUCAGCUGAGUGAUUAUGAGGCUAGCAGAGAGAAGAACUGUAAUUUCCUUUUGGCAAAGGAUGGCCCAGUAGACCAAGUGGCAAUUAAGCACCCACUCUGUUUGAAGAGCAGCAGGAAAAGUUAUGAGAGAAAGAAACUGACAAUGAAGCAAACCAGAGCCUACUUCUGAACGUGGUUCAUUGGAGACAUGCUGGCAGCAACUCUGAGUCUAGGAACACAAAGGUUGCUAGAACACUGCUGCCAGAGACGGAUGCUUAAAGAGGGGAAGAAAACAAGAAGAUAUUAAAAAACCCUUACCCCUUCGACCGUUCUCCAGGUAAAGUGGAAGAUUAGAAGUCUGAAUGGCACAAAUAACACUUCUGGUAGCCAUGAAAGCUUUGAUCUCAAUAAUGACAGGAUGCGAUGGCCGGAAGCUGUAGCUCACAGGAUUCAUACGAGAAGCGAGGAAUCAAGCUGUUCAGAUAUGGAAAGGAGACUUCAUUUGGAUUUGGCAAUGGAACAAAAGCACUCAUGUAUCUGGACUAAAUCUCAUAGAAUCAUAGAGCAUCCUGAGUUGGAAAGGACCCAUGAGGAUUACUGAGUCCAACUCCUGACUCCACGCAGGACAACCUAAGAAUUAAACCAGGCCUAUCAAAACACCUCCCCUGAAGAAGCUCAGUGUUGUGAGCUGCUUCUGAUGCCAGACAAAGCCCAGUCUGAAUCACAGGAUCCGCAGGGGUUGGAAGGGACCUCAAAGAUCGAGUGCAACCGCCCCGCUAAGGCAGCUGGGUCUCGGACGCCGCCAUAGAAGGAGACUCCACAACCACUCUGGGCAACCCGUGCCUUAGUCCCCAUUGGAUACUGAAGGACUGCUCUCCGCUCUGCUCGCGGCCGCGCCCUCCUGCCGGCAGCAGCGCGCCCUGCAGCCCACGCUCGUGGCUGCGGAGCCGCCUCUGGGGGCGGUGCCCGGCGCUGGGGCCGCUUCCGCCGCCGGGGGAAGGACGGGGAGCGGCUCGGGCGGCGUCACGGCGCGACGCAGUGCGGCCCGGCCCGAGGCACCUACCCAUGAUGAUUCCACCAUCUGCAACAACCCCCGCUGGCGAUGCUGCACUUCUGCCAAGUGUGGCUUCUCAGGAAAUAUGGAGGUCGCAAGUUCCAGGCUAUUCUGGAUCAGUGACACAGCACAUAAGUCACCGGGCUAAUAACUUUAAGAGACAUCCGAAAAGGAGAAAAUUCAUCCGCCCAUCGCCGCCGCCGCCGCCGAAUACUCCAUGUCCUAUUGACUUGGUUGGCUUUGGGGAUCUCCAGCCUCAGAGAUCUUUCCUAGAACUCCUGUUUAAUGGGUGUAUUCUCUUUGGGCUUGAGUUCAGCUAUGCCAUGGAAACUGCCUAUGUUACACCUGUGUUGCUUCAGAUGGGGCUGCCAGACCAGCUGUAUGGAAUGGUGUGGUUCAUCAGCCCUAUACUAGGGUUCUUGCUGCAACCUCUGCUGGGGGCCUGGAGUGACAGAUGCACAUCAAGAUUCGGGAGGAGAAGACCUUUCAUUCUGGUCUUAGCAGUAGGUGUGUUGUUUGGACUCUCGCUUAUGCUGAAUGGGAGAGAUAUUGGGAGUGCCUUGUCUGACACUGUGGAUAACCACAAAUGGGGCAUCAUUCUUACAGUCUGUGGUGUUGUCCUCAUGGACUUCAGUGCAGAUUCGGCAGACAAUCCUAGUCAUGCCUACAUGAUGGAUGUGUGCAGCCCAGUGGAUCAAGACAGGGGCCUCAACAUCCAUGCUUUGUUAGCAGGUCUUGGAGGUGGCUUUGGUUAUGUUAUUGGAGGAAUACACUGGGAUAAAACCAGUUUUGGAAAAGCUGUGGGAGGGCAACUGCGUGUCAUCUAUGUCUUCACAUCAAUAAUACUGACUAUCACUACUGUGCUGACUCUAAUUAGCAUUCCAGAAAGACCCCUAGGGUCCUUUAGCAGGAAGAAAAAGGUGAUGAAGAGUCCAAGCCUUCCUCUCCCUCCUUCUCCACCUCUCUUCUUUGAAGAGGGUGUAAAUGAAAACUUUGCUUCUCAUAACUCAGCUCACUUGUAUGCAAGUUUUACAAGUCCCGUUUCUCCCCUCAGCCCACUCACACCUAAGUAUGGCAGUUUUGUCAGUAGAGACAAUUCCUUGACAGGAAUUAACGAAUUUGCGUCAUCAUUUGGGACUUCAAAUAUUGACAGUGUGCUUAUAGACUGUUUUACAGGUGGGCACAGUAGUUACUUAGCACUUCCAGCUAGCUUGCCCAGGCAGCCUGUCAGUGUCAGCUUUCCUCGGGUGCCAGAUGGUUGUUACCAACAAGAAAAUGGAAUUCUGGAGCAAGGGGACAGGAGCAUAACUCCGGGGCCUGACGGAGAGGCACUGAGGGUGGGCUCCCUGGAUGCAAUAAAGCCACGGUCAUCAGGCAUCCUGAAAAGACCUCAGAGCUUGGCCAUUCCAGAUAUUGUAACAGGACAUUGUCCAGAAAGUAGCAGAAGAAGAAAUGUAACUUUCAGCCAACAGGUUGCUAACAUCCUGCUGGAUGGUGUUAAGUAUGAGAGUGAGCUGAAUGGAUCAAGCGAGACCUCUGAGCAACCACUCUCCAUGAGACUUCUUUGUUCAACUAUCUGCCACAUGCCGAAGGCUCUUCGUAACCUCUGCAUCAACCACUUCCUGGGAUGGCUCUCAUUUGAGGGGAUGUUGCUCUUCUACACUGACUUCAUGGGAGAAGUAGUGUUUCAAGGGAAUCCAAAAGCACCUCACAACUCAGAUGAGUAUCGGAAGUACAACGCUGGGGUCACCAUGGGCUGCUGGGGAAUGUGCAUCUAUGCAUUCAGUGCUGCUUUCUAUUCAGCUGCGCUGGAGAAGCUAGAGGAGCGGUUCAGCACACGGACGCUAUACUUCAUUGCAUACUUGGCCUUUGGGCUGGGUACAGGACUGGCCACGCUCUCCAGAAACAUCUAUGUAGUGCUGUCACUGUGUACGACUUAUGGCAUUCUCUUUGCCACGCUCUGCACGCUGCCCUACUCUCUACUCUGUGACUACUACCAGAGCUGUGAGUUUGCAGGCUCACUGGCGGAGGGCACACGGCGUGGGAUGGGUGUUGAUAUCUCCCUGCUGAGCUGCCAGUACUUCUUGGCACAGAUCCUGGUGGCCCUGGCCAUGGGGCCACUGACAACAGCUGUGGGCAGUGCCAGCGGCACCAUGUACUUUGCCAGCCUGGUGUCCUUCCUGGGCUGCCUCUUCUCCUCCCUCUGCGUCAUCUAUGAGCCAACCCUGUCCGCUGAGGAGCUGCCACCCACCGAGGAGCAGAGCCCACUCCUGCCCUGUGUGCAGGACCAAUAAAUGGGAGAAGCUGCUGCAGCCUUGGCUACCUCACUUGCACCAUUCUUGUCCUCCACCAUCACGGUAAGGUGGGCUUGUGUGCCCCUAGGAUGGCAGUAACUGGAGGUGGGCUGUGGUGGACCACUCCAGCAGUGGGCAUGGGAAACCACUGAAAGGCGUGUGCCAGUUUUGCUGAACUUUCCCCUGGCUGCAGGAGGGCAGUGCCUGGCACCAUGCAUCUUUCCCGAGUUGGUAAAGGCUGAUCUGUGUCUCCAGGACCUGUGGGCACAGCAGUGGGAAGCAUUGGUGGCAGUGUGGGACCUUUCCUCCAGCCACCAUACAGUGCCAUUUUUCCUCAGGGGGAACAGUGUUUCUUGGCCUGAGGCAAGGGACCCAGAAGACCAGUGCUCGGGCAGGUGGAUCCCAAUGUCUUGGGUGGCAGCGAACUGGGGGGCUCCAUUGCCAUGGGAGCAUCAGUACCGUGGUGUGCCACCAGCUUUGUAAGCAGAAGUUGCCUGGCCCUCGGUUGUUGAGGGCUACAACUCCUGCAGGACCUUAGGGAGCAGUGAGGGCAACACGUGGGUCUCGCCCUCUGCCCAUGUUAGACCUGGCCCUGGAGUUUGCUUUUCAGAACUUUGGAGCAUAAUGCGAGUACUCUCUGUUAAGGCCCAUGGCUGGGCUUCUGCGUGCACAGAGCUCCUGCCAACAGAACUGCUCCAAGAAGCUGCUGUGGGAUGGAACUGGCUCCAAACCCUGCUCUGUAGGUUCUAACUGUGGUCCACAGUGAUGGUUCCUGAUGUGCACAUACUCCUACGUUAGACUUUUAACUGACACCGUAAUGGCUUGUGAUGAGUUAGCAGGAUGGGGAGGAGGGUUUUUUUGUGUGUGCCAGGUUUCCUUGGGUAGAAGUUCACUCUCACAAUUAGGUUAAGAAUGUAAGACAAAUAAUUUAUGUGAAAGCCACUAGCACAUCAUCCUUAUUUUUCAUACAGUUGUACCUUCUGACAUUUUAACAUCUGCUUAGUGAUUAGUGAUUUGUCAGCUAGAGCUACAUACUCUGUGUCUCGAUGAAACUACUAAGACUUAACUACUUGGACUAGUGGGGUUUCAUUACCUGUGGAAAUUCUUAAUUAUUCUGGCUUUGGAAGGUAGUAAAUGCCUGAAAUCUUACACAAUUUCCAGUUAAUCUCUAGAGGCUUUAAACUGAAGAACAAAGAUGAAAGCAAGUAAGAAAGAACCAUUUAUAGGAUUCAGUCUGCUUUCAUAUUCAGGUAGGGUGUCAAGGUUUCCCAUGGCUGAAGGGCAUUUUAGUGCUUAGUAGUACUGUGCAUGGUGUCCCUUUAGAGGCUCUUUUUGUUCUUAUCUAGUAGGGCCAGAAGAAGCAGUUUUUCUGGAGGUUCACUCCUUUUUCAAUGAGUUGUUCCUGACUUUUCACCGAAGUUUAUUUUUAUGCUUGAUGUGCAAUAUCAAGAUGAAAUAACUGGCAUAAUCUUUAGCUGUUGUGGUGUACCGUAGUGCUUCAAACGUAAUGUACAACCUAUAAGAACCCCUCAUUUUUAUUAUCAGUUCCCCAGUUUGUUUUUUUUAUGGUGAGAAGCAAGUUUCAUGCUGUUUGGUAUUUACUUCCCUGGAGGAACGCUUCUGAAGUUAUGAAGCCAAGCAUUCAGAGACAAAGGAGUGUCAGAUCGAAGACGAGAUCAAGACGAACAGUCAGCUUUUGGCUUACAUAGCAUGGCCCAUUGUCGCACCUGCAGGAAUUCCUGUGUCAUGCUGCUUUCAUUGUGGGACAUCUUGUCUUGAAGAAUGUUUGGGAUGAAGCGGGACCUGGUGUAUGAGCAGCACAUUUGGCACUUCUAAGUACCUGAUUUCUAACAAUCUAAAUAGAUGACUUUGUGGAAUUUUUCUUGGUCUAGUGUGUAAUCUUUAAUUCUUUAUCUUAGCAAACUUUUAAACUCAAAAAUGAUUGUUUUGUUCCUAUGAAAGGGGUACUUAGUUCUCAAAAUGUUUUCUCCUUUUAAGUUUUGUAGACAGUAUUGUUGCACUGAGUGGAUCGUGAACACUUUCCUUUUCUAGGUAGCUGGGGUUUCACAUGAUUUUGUUGCAAGCAAAGAUCUUUAAAAAAACAGGAGAAAAAAAGAUCAAAUUGAUGUAUUUAUUAAGCUAUAUGUCAAUAUGUAUGUAUCAGUGUAUUUUCCAGCCCUGGAACAGGCUCCCCAAGGCAGUGGUAAUGGCCCCAAGCUGCCAGAGUUCAAGAAGCAUUUGGACAAUGCUCUCGGAUGUACGGUUUGAAUUUCAGGUGGUGCUGUGCAGAGAUCCUUGAGUUGGACUCAAGGAUCCUUGUGGGUCUCUUCCAACUUGGAAUAUUCUGUGAUUGCAUUUGAUGGUCAUGUUUGUCACUCCUUCCCUCUGUAAAUAAGAGUAGGAAAUACAUUUCCAUAUAGUUAUAACACUAUUGCUAUGCCAAAAUGCAUUGCACAAUCGAAUAUAUAUUACAUUUUCUAUUUUAAAGUCAAUUUCAGUGUGUCUUAAUUUGGGUUUUUAGUGAUACUGGUGGUGACCAGUGUGCCACCAUGCUGCAGAGUUCCUUAGAAGUUGCACUAAAUCCAUAAAUACAACUUAAAAAAGAAAAAAGAAGAAUUACUUAUUUGCUUAUUCUCCUCCUUUGUCAUACAUGCUGUAUUUAACAGAAAUUACUGUGUGUGGUCCCUGCUGAACUGUGAGCUGCAAUGUGAUGUUUAUCUUUUGGAAUGCAGACUCUUCAAAAUAGUCUGUCUAAAUCUGUGAGCUGCUGGUUGGAAGUAAGAUGCAAGAGUUGAGGCAGGAAAGUGAUAUCAUUCUGUGCCAUAGUUUAGUCUGUAUAAAGUUUAAUUUUUAUUAAGUCAUUAUCAUUAAAGGUUGCUUGAUGGAAAUGA